AUGAGGUCGAUUUGUGUGCUUACGAUUUCCAUAUGCUUCUUCCUUGGCAUUAGAGAUGCAUCAGGAGCGAAAGGGAGCCAGCUUUUGAGUAAAUACAGAAAUUUAGGUAAUUCUAAUGAAUUUUAUUGCUCAUGUUUUAUCUUCUGUACAGCAGUCAUUGAAUUUUGCAGUGUGUUAAUUUUUUUUUCUAAAUUCUACGUAAGCUUUAAUUAGUAUAUCGCGGGUAAAAUUAGUGGGAAUAAUUUUGUAACGUAUGUACGUUAAAUUGCACUUACUUUGUAAGCGUAAAAGUUAAAAAGUAAGAACAUUUUAGAGAAAAGUGUUUCCUCCAAAUUUUAACGCAAAGUUUGUUAAUUUGCGAUUCAGGGAAGACAUUACGAUAGCGCUAGAAGCGAAGCCUACCCAUUUUUGUGUUUAAGGAAAACAGAACACAGGGAACUAAAUGUUCGAUGUAGAACUUAGCAAAAAAGAAUUUCAAUGUCUUUUUUCUUCUUCCUCAGAGGUAUUAAGUUUACUAUCUUUAACCUUCUUGUUCACUUCUUCUUUUUUUAUCCGCACGAAGUCAGUGCAACUGGUUUAUUUCCAAAAUGCCUGAACGUUAUUUAAGAACGUCCCGUAAGCGAUUUUUUCAAUUAUAAGGAUACUGAUAAAAAAAAAUGUUACAACCGACCGCACUCAACUGUACGGCGAUCGUAUGAUAUCGAUCAUCUGACUAAAUGAUCAAUCUCAUAUCUUUAUACUUAAAGACACACUAAAGACUUCUGAAAUCGUUACAAUCCCUGCGGGAAAUUGUUCAGAUUAACUUUGCUGACAAACAUAAGUUGCAUUAAUUUUAUAUGGAAUUCAGAGAGGCUGAUCUGAGAUUUAAGAGAUUUAAGAGAGGCUGAUCUAAAAAUAUUAUAGCGUCUGUGGAAUAAAAUGUAACACGGAUAUUGUUUGAAAGGAACAUGACAUGUCAUGGUACUGCUUAAUAUGGUAAAAGAAAAGAAAAUAGAUUAUACCUUUCUCAAAUGACAAAAACUUUUUACUGUUUGAGAUUAUUUAGCCAGAAAGCUACCGUCAGCCCCAAUUUAAUGAGAUAAUAAUAUCGUAUGAAAAUAAUGCAUUGUUAGCUGUUGGAAAAUGGUAGCCAGUUGUUGCUCACGUUACAAUCUACCUAAUAUAGGCUCAGUAUGCUAUAUUACGAGAUUAAGUCAAGUAUUCUUUUUUGCUAUUGAAGCUUUUAAUAUUGAUCAGCUGUGUUAAACCCCCUCCAUAAAACGGGGGAGUGGGCUAGGGGGAGCGGGAGAGUGGGCUAGUGGGUAAUGGGCUAGGAGGCGGGGGAGUUGCAAAAUAAUCAGUUAGGUUUGAAAUAUAAUAAACGUAGACAGUUGCAGUCAAUAGGUGUUCUUCGCAAUUUCCUUUAAAGCACACAAUUACAUGAUAAAAUUUAAUUUUCAAAGCUAACAUGUAUAAAAAGUGAAUGUCCUAGCUAUUGUAACAGCUACUUUUAAAAAAAAAACUUUAGUACUCUAUCCCAAGGCUUACAUGGAAAACGUUUUUUUUUUAUCAAGAAGUCUCGUUUAUUUUACAUCCAUUCAGAUUUAAUCUAUAUCACAUUUUGUUGUUGUUGUAGUUUUCUUAAUUGUUCAUGUGCCCAAAACCAAUAUAAAAAGUGUGGAACAAAUUAGUAAUGUCAUAACGACCAUUUAAACAAAAGAAAAAAAAUUUCUUGAACUACAUAACUGACAAUAACAAGACAAAGUGCAUCUUCUAUUUUCUUUUAAACCCUUGAUAACCGCUUUGGUCUUUUGUUUUUGUUUUGUUUUUUGUUUUUUUCAUUUUAGCUUUCAUUUUAAACUACUAACUAAAGAUAGUAAGCAGCGUAUUCAGUUUUGCGAAUUCAGGCCAGUCCGAACAUCUAUUGCCAAUAUUGGUAAUCACCUACUACUCCUUGCCGAGAUGAUAUUGGUCCCUUUCCUGGAAAGGUAGUGAGCCAAUGCGAAAGAGAGACGCAAAAAUGGGCAAGAAAACGGGCUAUAAAAGAGAAAGGAAAAGAAAAGAAGAUCGAAAUAGAUUCGCCGGAAGAAACAACUUAAGACUAUUAUUUUAAAUCAACCUGAAUUAAAAUAAUAGUCCAUAUAUAAUAGACGAGUCCGUGUGAACGUAGUGCAUUUUUUAAUGUUAAAAACUGCCCUUCAGGAGGAUAACAUUAUUGUACCUUUUAUAUUGAAUCAACCAGUGUCACGAAUGAGUGGAAAACGUGUCAAAGAGAUGUAACAAUCUUUCUCGAGUAGAAAGAGUAGCGUGUUGCUCAAAAAUGACUUACCGUGUGCCGUUCUUUUAAGGAAUUUUUGCUUCUGUUUCUGUUUCUAGAUUUCUACUUUAAGUGCUGUGAUGGUCACGUGGUCAGACGCAUUGGCGGCAGCCAUGCACAAUGCUGUGGCUUGCAAACGUACGACUCUCGCUUUUUCUUCUGUUAUAACCGGCUCAUCUACGCCUUUUGCGGAAAAAGCAAGUACAACCCAACCACUCAUCAGUGCUGCGCUGGGAAAAUAAAUCUGCGAGUUGGUGGACACUACAGCACUUGUUGUAGCACGAAAAGUUACGACAGUGGAAAAUACUUUUGCCAUGACAAAAAGGUGUAUGGAAAGUGCCAAAAAAGCCCUUACAAUCCCAGCUCCUUUAUAUGUUGCCAAGACAAAAUCAGGCCUCGUGAUGGUGGGCAGCUCUCAAAAUGCUGUAAAGACAGGAGCUACGAUGGCGGAAAGUAAGUGCGAAUCCUGUCAGUGUAGUAUUUUGGGAUAUUUCGUUUGAAUUCUUAAUGACUUUUUUCAAUGCAGUCCAACUCUGGGUUAGGGAAGGCGGGGCCUGGGGGAAGGAGCUGAUAGAUACUCUUGUUUUUAUUUUGGCCGUCUGCAUCAUAUAUGUUUAUCACCGCGGUUUUCGCAUUUUGUUUCUUCUUAAGGGGCUAUAGCCGAUUGUCCACCUAUCCUCAUCAUCCCUAAGUCAAAUAACUAGUCACACCCUCCCCCUCCCCCCAACUUGUGAAAAUGCAAAAUAGAAAGUAUGUUAUUCAUCAAAGAACUGAGGCCUAGCCUUAGCACUCAUAGUGACUCCAUCAUGUAGUGUUAAAGUCUUUGUUUAACUUAUACCAUAUUUUUAUAUGUCACGUUUCUUUUUAAUGAAUUAUUGUUUUUCUCGUAUUUAUAGAACUUUCAUACUGUAUAUUUUUUUACUUGAUAAUGACAUCCGGGAAAGUCGGAACGUCGUAUAUUUUUUAAUUUUUUUAAAAAUUUCUUAAAUGUUUUUAAGAAACGUUUUUACGCAUGACUACUACAGCUAACUGUCGCCUUGCGAACACCCCGAUAAUACGGACAGCAACUAAGUCCCAGACAAACAUAUUUUACAGAUGUUUGACUGAAUAAACUCCCGUUAUUACGGAUUCUCGCUUUUGAGGACACGAACUCAAGGUCACAACAGUGUCCGUUAGAAAGCGAGUUGACUGUAAUAGUGAUAAUAUUUUUUCCUCAAGAAACAAAAUUUUAUCUAACAUUUACUCUUCAUUAUCAACAGGUACUUCUGCCAUAGUAGCUACAUCUACCCUCUUUGUCACAAAAAAGCCUACAAUCCCCAACAAUACAUAUGCUGCCAAAACAACUUUUACUCUCGGCCAGGACGACUAUACGCUCGGUGUUGUGCCACUAAAGCUUACGACUCUUCCGGAAGCUUCUGUCAUAAGGGUGUCAUUAUCCCCAAAUGCAACAAACAUGUUUACAAUCCCGAUCACUUCAUGUGUUGCGGUGGAAUGGUGUGUCCUCAAUACGGAGCGAAGCAGGGCAAGUGCUGUGGAAUUAAGAGCUACGAUUCACGCUCCUACUUCUGCUACGGAAAUAAAAUCUACAAAAAGUGCGGAGGAAACCCAUACAACCUCCAGAAAUCCUUCUGUUGUAACAAUGCGGUUAUUUCUCGCAGUGGCUACGGUAACUAUGCAGGCUGUUGCUAUAGCAGUGUGUAUGAUUCACGCUCCCAGUUUUGUUUCAACAGUAAGGUGUACAAAAAGUGCGGUAAGUCCCCUUAUGACCCUACAAAAUACCUUUGCUGCGCAAACCACGUUGCUCAAAAAGUCGGCGGAAGUUACACCGCAUGCUGUCUGGGCAGGAGCUAUGACUCAAAGCGAUAUUUCUGUCAUGGUGGUAAAAUCAUUCCUUUAUGUGGGAAGAAGAGUUAUAGCCCCGUCAGCGACAUCUGUUGUCAUGGCGUCGUUGUUAAACGAAUCGGAGGCAAAUACGCAAGUUGUUGUGCUACCAAGUGCUAUAGUCGAUUGUCGUCGUUUUGCUAUGGUAAAAAAAUCUACAGGUAAGCCCUUGAUAAGCUUAUUCAGUCCUGAUUCCUUUGAAAACAUAAUCAGUGCUUUUUUUAACUUUAAGAUCGCACGGACCAGUCGCAAUUGACUGAGUCUAAGCAUAUGCCAAAAACGGCAAUCCCACUGACAUGGUUUCGAAUGAAUUACUGGUUGAUACUGGUUGAAUAAGAAAAGUAAACAUAUUUUUUCGUGAAAGAAAGUAUUAAUAUUAAAAGAGGUCGACUUACAAUACCAUGGUAUACCUACCAUUCACUGACCAUUUAUGUGGGAAAACUGUAGUAAACCGGAAAAUUGGUUUCUACAAUGAUAUAAUUUCUCGACCCUUCUAUUGUCUUAUUCUAUCAAUUGUUAUUACCCGGUUUUAGCUGUGACACUCGUGUAUAUUCUAAAAUCUGUGUUUGGACCACUGAAGAAACUAAUAAACUCUUUUUCUUGACUAGCCUGUGCGGUAAAAGAUCUUAUAACCCCAUCCGUCAACAUUGCUGCCUGGCUAAGGUCAUUCCUCGAGUGGGUGGCUACAACGCGAAGUGUUGUGGGGCAUAUAGCUACAAUUCUGCGUCCUUCUUUUGCCACGGUAACCACGUUUACCAAAAGUGCAAAGCCAGCGACUACAAUCCCACUACUCAACUCUGCUGUAACAACUAUUUGGUAUCCCGGCUGGGUGGAGCUGCUGCUCGAUGCUGCUCGAGGUAUAGCUACAACUCAUUGACCCAUUUCUGUCAUUCUGGUAAAGUGUACGCGCGCUGCAGUAAGACAGAAUACAAUCCUUACAGUUUCAUGUGCUGCAACGGAUACGUUACGUCACGUGUCGGGGGAAGAAAUGCCAAAUGUUGCGGAAAACUGAGCUACGAUGAUACCAAGUAUUUCUGCCUCAAGUCCAUCGUUUACUCCCUCUGUGGUGGAAAGAUCUACGACCCAAAAAACACUCUCUGUUGUCUUGGGACACAACAGAAACGCGUUGGAGGGCUCAACUCCAAGUGCUGUGGUAAGGUUUCGUACAACUCCCUUGUGAACUUCUGCUACAAUAACACCAUCUACGGCCGGUGUCAAAAGCACUCGUACAACCCGGACACUCAUCAGUGUUGUACCUCACUCCUUGUGGAGCGAGCUGGUUCCAACUCACGCUGCUGUGGACAGAAGAGUUAUCACCCCGACAAGUUCUUCUGCAAAAACAAUAGACUCUACGCUCUUUGCGCCCACAGCUCAUACAACCCACUAGGGGAUCUUUGCUGUUCUGGCAGUUCUAUUCCACUUGGUAAUGUUCCCCUCAAGUUCGCCAGCUGUUGCGCUAAGAAAGUCUACAGCACACACUACUAUUUCUGUUACCGCGAUGUUGUUUACGACAAAUGUGGGGGUCAGUCUUAUGAUCCUCACAGUCAGUCGUGCUGUAACAAUAAGGUCUUACAUUUGGUUGGCGGUAAGAAUUCACGCUGCUGUGGAUCAGUGAACUAUGAUUCCAAUGACUACUUCUGCCACAAUAACAAAUCAGUUAUACACAAAUGCACUGGAAAAGUAUACAAUCCUGCAAGGUAAGAAUAAUUUAUAUUAAAACCAAAAAAGGUGUAGAUAAAACUUCUGAACCAUGUUCUAUGGUUGGUGCAUGCAUGUUUCGUUAGCCUCUAUUGAUAAAUGAUUGACUUUUUCCCUAUUUUACUGCUUCCUGCCCACAACGGCCACCUUGGGGACAGAAGAAAGUGGCCAUUGUAGAGAGGUUUAAACAAGAUUCAAUAUAUGGACUGUCCAGCAAAAAAGAGGCUUUUGAGGAGAGGUGACCGGUAGUGGAGGUUCGACUGAAGUAGGUUUCCAAGAUAAAAAAAACGACCAAAAAAAGACCAUAUCUAGGCAUAAGCAAACCGGAGUCUAUAGAUUGUUCAAUAGGCAAUCAGAAGAAAUGGUUAAGUGCAGGUCUUUGUCAAGACUUCUUUAAUCAUUGUUACCCCUUUUUGGUUCAGAAAGAAGUACGAGACCUCUAGGCUCCAGGGCUCUGGACCUCGAACUGGAGCCAUGCAGAGUUCGUUCAAAACUUGUAGCAUUUAGAUAAUUGUUAAUUGUUUUGAAUCUUCUAGACGCGCCAUUUCAAGGUUUUAUUCUAUUUCUGUUUUCUAGCCAACUAUGCUGUGGUGGCAAAAUCAUUCAAAGUUAUGGUCCUAGUUCCCAGUGCUGCGGCUAUCUGGCUUAUAACUCACAAACCUCGUUCUGCUAUGGGGGAUCAAUCUAUAAGAAGUGUCAAUAUAAAAGCUACGAUCCUGCCUCAUUUGUAUGUUGUGAUAAAACACUGGUAUUACGUCAUGGAGGGAACAACACGAGAUGCUGCGGUCAAAAGAGCUAUGACAGGUAAAUAGCAAGCCGAGUCUAAAUACGUGUUAUCGUUUCCUUCAUCAGAAACCGUAACCAUUCCACAGACACGGAAGUUCCGAUCUCCAGAGUAGAGGAAUCAUGCUAUCUAAUAACGUAAUUGGUUUGAGCCAUUUCAGGCAUGUUGAUAAAUGGCCUCUUAGAGCGAUGUGCUUUAUUUACUGUCCAGAUUUCUCGUCUUCAUGUUUUGCUGGACCAUUUUUUAUUGUGUGUUCUCGUCCAUCUUUUCAUUCAUGCUAUCAUAAUAUUAUUAUGAUGGUCAUCUAUAUUAUCUGCAGUUACAAUGCAAAAAUGCGAACCGUUAACCACAUGCGGCCUACAGCGUCGGUCUUAGAGAAUCUGAAUUAUACUGAAUAUUCUUUACUCACUGGUCUCUCUUUAUUUUACAGCCGUUAUUUCUUCUGUCAUAACAAAGCAGUGGUUCAUCUGUGUGGCGGUCUUCCCUAUAAUCCUGUCAAAUCUACUUGCUGUGCUGGUAAACUGGCUGCCUACGGUGUCGUACCCUUAUCAUAUGCAAAGUGCUGCUCCAGCAACCUUUACAACGGCAACACUCAAUUCUGCUACGGCGCCAAGAUUUACCAGAAAUGUGGUGCACUUUCGUAUACGCCAGAUGAUUCGCAGUGCUGUAAUGGCAUCGUGGUUCUAAAGAAAGGAGGAAUUAACUCAAAGUGCUGCUUGAAGGAAAGCUACGAUUCCGGCUCUCACUUCUGUUACAGCGGAAAGAUAAUUCCUAAAUGCGGUGGCGCCCCUUACGUACAUGCAUCACACAUGUGCUGUGAUGGAACAGUCCAGCCCCGGAAAGGCGGCCUUCACGCCCAGUGCUGCUUGACCCAAGGCUAUGAUAAUUCCAAGUCUUUCUGCAACGGUGGCAAGAUACAUCCGCGUUGUGGUGGACUUGAUUACAAUCCUGUAUCCUUCAUCUGCUGUGGAAAAAAGCCGGUAACCAGAGAUGGAGAGCAAUUUGCAAAGUGCUGUGCAACAAAAAGCUACGAUUCCCGUUACUACUUCUGCGAGCAAGGCAAGAUUUACAACCUGUGCAACAAGAACAGGUACAAUAUCACCAAAUUCACCUGCUGCGACAACAAGCUAAAUCCCCUUUACGGGGGAGUGCGUACAGAAUGUUGCGGCAAGAACGCUUAUGCCAGCCAAAAAUUCUUCUGCACCGGUGGAAAGAUAGUACCACUGUGUAAUGGCAAACUGUACGACUUGAAUAGCGAGAAGUGUUGUGCUAACACAUUGGUUCCAAAACAAGGGGGACAAAACGCAAAGUGCUGUGGCAAGGAAAGCUAUGACUCCACCAAAUAUUUCUGCAACAACUCCACUGUCACCUCAUUAUGUGGUGGCUUAAAAUCUUACAACCCUGCCAAUGCCUUGUGUUGCAACGGAUCAGUGCAGCUACGUGUUGGUGGCAAAGAUUCAGCAUGCUGUGGCCAUUCGCCAUACAACUCCAAGACGCAUUUCUGUAGCCACAACCAGAUUUAUAAAUUCUGUGCUGGUGUGCCUUACGAUCCCUAUACAGGCAUUUGCUGCGGAUCAAAGCUCAACCCAAGACCUUAUGGCGCUGUACUCAAAUGCUGCGCAGAUGGUGCCUAUGAUCCAACUAUCUUCACCUGUUUGUGGGGAAAGAAAAUUGUACCAAACUACGAGAAGUCUGCAUAUUAG